UCACUUCGGUCUCUGACUGGACCUGAGGACGCGGGGAGGGGCUGUCUCUAGGAGACGCCAGACUGUAGGCACUGCCAUGGCCCCUGUGCUUAGCAAGGACGCGGCGGACAUCGAGAGCAUCCUGGCAUUAAAUCCUCGAAUACAAACUCAUACAACUCUGCGUUCCACGUCAGCCAAGAAAUUAGACAAGAAACAUUGGAAAAGAAACCCUGAUAAGAACUGCUUUGACUGUGAGAAGCUGGAGAAUAAUUUUGAUGACAUCAAGCACACGACUCUUGGUGAGCGAGGAGCUCUCCGAGAAGCAAUGAGAUGCCUGAAAUGUGCAGAUGCCCCCUGUCAGAAGAGUUGUCCAACGAAUCUAGAUAUUAAAUCAUUCAUCACAAGUAUCGCAAACAAGAACUAUUAUGGAGCUGCUAAAAUGAUUUUUUCUGACAACCCACUUGGUCUAACUUGUGGCAUGGUAUGUCCAACCUCUGAUCUUUGUGUAGGUGGAUGUAAUUUAUAUGCCACUGAAGAGGGUCCAAUUAAUAUUGGUGGAUUGCAGCAGUUUGCUACUGAGGUGUUCAAAGCAAUGAAUAUCCCACAGAUCAGAAAUCCUUCUCUGCCUCCUCCAGAAAAAAUGUCUGAAGCCUAUUCUGCAAAGAUUGCUCUUCUUGGUGCUGGGCCUGCAAGUAUAAGUUGUGCUUCUUUUUUGGCUCGGUUAGGCUACUCUGACAUCACCAUAUUUGAAAAACAAGAAUAUGUUGGAGGUUUAAGCACUUCUGAAAUCCCUCAGUUCCGACUGCCAUAUGAUGUAGUGAAUUUUGAGAUUGAGCUUAUGAAGGACCUUGGCGUGAAGAUAAUUUGUGGUAAAAGCCUUUCAGUGAAUGAAAUGACUCUUAGCUCUUUGAAAGAAGAAGGAUACAAAGCUGCUUUCAUUGGAAUAGGUUUACCAGAACCCAAUAAAGACAACAUUUUCCAAGGCCUGACGCAGGAACAAGGGUUCUACACAUCUAAAGACUUUUUGCCACUUGUAGCCAAAGGCAGUAAAGCAGGAAUGUGUGCCUGUCACUCUCCAUUGCCAUCCAUACGGGGAGCCGUGAUUGUACUCGGAGCUGGAGACACUGCCUUUGACUGUGCAACAUCCGCUUUGCGUUGUGGAGCCCGCCGCGUGUUCGUCGUCUUCAGAAAAGGCUUUGUUAAUAUAAGAGCCGUCCCUGAGGAGGUGGAGCUUGCUAAGGAAGAAAAGUGUGAAUUUUUGCCUUUCCUAUCCCCACGGAAGGUUAUAGUAAAAGGUGGGAGAAUCGUUGCUAUGCAGUUUGUCCGGACAGAGCAGGAUGAAACUGGAAAAUGGAAGGAAGAUGAAGAGCAGAUUGUCCAUCUGAAAGCUGACGUGGUCAUCAGUGCCUUUGGCUCAGUUCUGAGUGAUCCUAAAGUAAAACAAGCCUUGAGCCCAAUAAAAUUUAACAGAUGGGAUCUCCCAGAAGUAGAUCCAGAAACUAUGCAAACCAGUGAACCAUGGGUGUUUGCAGGUGGUGAUAUCAUUGGUGUGGCUAACACUACAGUGGAGUCAGUGAACGAUGGAAAGCAAGCUUCCUGGUACAUUCACAGAUAUAUACAGUCAGAAUAUGGAGCUUCAGUUCCUGCCAAGCCUGAACUACCCCUCUUUUACACUCCUAUUGAUCUGGUGGACAUUAGUGUGGAAAUGGCUGGAUUGAAGUUUAUAAAUCCUUUUGGUCUUGCUAGUGCAACUCCAGCUACCAGCACAUCAAUGAUUCGAAGAGCUUUUGAAGCUGGAUGGGGUUUUGCCCUAACCAAAACUUUCUCUCUUGAUAAGGACAUUGUGACAAAUGUUUCACCCAGAAUCAUCCGGGGGACCACCUCUGGCCCUGUGUAUGGCCCUGGACAAAGCUCCUUCCUGAAUAUUGAGCUCAUCAGCGAGAAAACGGCUGCAUAUUGGUGUCAAAGUGUCACUGAACUAAAGGCUGACUUCCCAGACAACAUCGUGAUUGCCAGCAUCAUGUGCAGUUACAACAAAAGCGACUGGAUGGAACUCUCAAAAAUGGCUGAGGCUUCUGGAGCAGAUGCCCUGGAGUUAAAUUUGUCCUGUCCACAUGGCAUGGGAGAAAGAGGAAUGGGCCUGGCCUGCGGGCAGGAUCCAGAGCUGGUGCGGAACAUCUGUCGCUGGGUUAGGCAAGCAGUUCAGGUUCCCUUUUUUGCCAAGUUGACCCCAAAUGUCACUGAUAUUGUAAGCAUCGCAAGAGCUGCAAAGGAAGGUGGUGCAGAUGGUGUUACAGCCACCAACACUGUCUCGGGUCUGAUGGGAUUAAGAGCUGAUGGUACGCCUUGGCCAGCAGUGGGUACUGGAAAGCGGACCACAUAUGGAGGAGUGUCUGGGACAGCGAUCAGACCUAUUGCUUUGAGAGCUGUGACCUCCAUUGCUCGUGCUUUGCCUGGAUUUCCCAUUUUGGCCACCGGUGGAAUUGACUCUGCUGAGAGUGGUCUUCAGUUUCUCCACAGCGGUGCUUCAGUCCUGCAGGUAUGCAGCGCUAUUCAGAAUCAGGAUUUCACUGUGAUUGAAGACUACUGCACUGGCCUUAAAGCUCUGCUUUAUUUGAAAAGCAUUGAAGAACUGCAAGACUGGGAUGGGCAGAGUCCAGCCACCGUGAGUCACCAGAAGGGGAAACCAGUUCCACGUAUUGCUGAACUCACCGGAAAGAAACUGCCAAGUUUUGGACCUUAUCUUGAGCAGCGCAAGAAAAUCAUAGCCGAGAACAAGAUUAGACUGAAAGCACAAAAAGCACCUUUUUCACCACUUGAGAAAAACUAUUUUAUCCCCAAAAAGCCUAUUCCUACCAUCAAGGAUGUGAUUGGAAAAGCACUGCAGUACCUUGGAGCGUAUGGUGAAUUGAGCAGCCUAGAGCAGGUUGUGGCUAUGAUUGAUGAAGAAAUGUGUAUCAACUGUGGCAAAUGCUACAUGACCUGUAAUGACUCCGGCUACCAGGCUAUACAGUUUGAUCCAGAGACACACCUUCCCACUGUUACUGACACCUGUACAGGCUGUACUCUGUGUCUCAGUGUCUGCCCUAUUAUCGACUGCAUCAAGAUGGUUUCCAGGACAACCCCUUAUGAACCAAAGAGAGGCUUACCCUUAGCUGUGAAUCUGGCGCGUUAAGGUGAUUUGUGAAACAGGUGCCACGAACUUCGAUGUCACCCACAUGAUGCUGAUCUUUUAAAAUAACAAUUCUUUAAAAUAGUGUUCAGUUCUUCUAAAUUAAAACAAAUAUAUACUUUCUAAGUUCUAAGCAAAAUGUUAUCAUUUUUAAAUAAAUUCCUAACUAAACAAUGUCUAAGGCCAGUGACCAUGCAAUUAGUGGUCAUAAAAUAGAAUAAUUCUUUCCUGAGGAUAGCCGUUGAGUAAUUGUGUAGUACUUAAUUGGCUGUUCACCAUCAGUUGUCUAUUGUGAAAAAUUAACUUUUUUGUGGUGAUUAAUGUGACAGUUUCCAAAUUGCUCUAUUGCUAUGUUCCAUCUUUGAUUUCUCAUUUUAAGUGAAAUUAAGUAUUUGAAACAAAGUACAUUUUAACAUGCAUGAAAAUUUUUCCAAGGAAACAUUUUCUAAUUAAAAAUAGCCUUUAAUUUUACACUGUUUCUAAGAAAUAUAAUUAAUUCCAUGAAGACAAAUGAAGAAAGUCAAAUAAUUAUUUACCAUGGCAGGAAAAGAACGUCUAUAGAACUGUAAGACCCCGUUCUUUGAAGUAGCUUCUUUUCGGCGCUGACUACUGAAAAUGAAAAUAUUUACUAACUGAAUACCAUUCCUCACACAUGCCUGAGACAGAUGUCCAAACUCCUUUACCAGUGAACCAAUCUGACAUUCUUCUUUAGCUAUUUAAACUGAUUCUAAUAAAGCUAUUGGCUCUAGCUUUGGUGAAAGUCUCUCUUUUGCAAAGCACAGAAUUGCUCUGUUGGCUUUUAAUGGUGGCCCUCGUGAUUAUAGUAAUUAAUGUUUAAACAAAGCCCAAAUUAUACAGUGCUGAGUCAUGUGCUUCAUUAUUCAAGAAAGAAAAAUAUUGUAUUGAUAAUCUAUAGUAAAUGUGAAAAACCAGACUACUCUCUAUUUCAGUGUUUAGGUUUAAUUUCAACAGGAGUGGAAUAAAAAAGAAAUAUAUAUUUUCUGUUACUGCUAAAUACUAUUUUUGUAUUUCUCUAUUUUUAUAAUCCAUAAAUAGCAUCAUAUAAAUUCAUGUAUCUCCUCUUCAUGGCAUAUUUGAAUAUGAAUCUAUAAGGACUAGAUCAGAAAGUACUCAUCGAUGGUGACCAAUGCAAGAUUUAAAAAAAUGAAAUGUUCGUGUACUUUUAGAACUCCAUAUUUACCUCAAAAUCUAUAUGACUGAAUACUAUCAAAUAAAAUCUCAUGAAGCAUUCUAAA